AUGGCGGCUGAAAACCAAUACCGGCCCCCAAUGGUUGUCCACUUAAGGCGGACAUGGAGUCUGUUGGCAGCCGUGGUGUCAGCCCUGGGUGUGGUAUCGGUGCUCAUUUGUGUCAUAUAUUUUUUGCUGGUAUUCCCGGUAGCCGUGGGUACGACUGUAUUGGGCUAUCAGAUACUGUUCGGCCUAUUCAUGGCUUAUACGACAAACUUUGUGUUUCUCAUACCUGUGUCCACAUCCGUGUGCGCUCUCCGGCGGUUAGGUCUGUCCCUCUCGUACGCCAUAAUAAUUAGCGGCCUAUUAGUGAAAGUGUUAAACACGUGGCGACUAAUGGUCAUCAAAAACCAAUCACAACCCCUACGGCUGUCCUCCCCUACGGCACUGGUGUUCAUAUCGGGGGGACUGGUAUUCCUGCAGCUCAUACUCACCACAAUAUGGCUGUUCAGUUACGCCCCACACCCGGGCCUAUACGACGGCCUCUGGAAGUGUUCGCCAAACAAGUCGUUUGUUUUGUGGGACUCAGAGAUAAUUGUCUCACUUUUAUAUGUCAUUCAAUUACUACUCAUUACCCUAUUCUUCGCCGCCCUUACCUUCAAGUGCUACGACCAGAACCGGGAGCCCAGGUUUAUCAUGGCCUGUGCCCUGUGCACCAUUGCUGUCUGGGUCACCUGGCUCAUUGUCGAGUCGGGCAAUGCCGACCCCUCCCUGUCCAUAGUCUGUGCCAAUUCAGUGAACGCCUCACUCGUC